UGGAAGUGAGCAGCACGUAGCGGCCAAGGCGGAGGGAAGGGCGGGCGUGGAGGCGGCGGAUGGCGGUGCUGGUGGAGACGAGCGUGGGCGAGAUGGUGAUCGACCUGCACACGUACCUCUGCCCGCUCGCCUCCAAAAACUUCCUCAAACUCGCCAA